AAAAGUAUCCCCACUCCCUUUCCCAGGGCUGCAGGGCUUCAGGAUUCUACCUCCGACUCCGUCGUUUCUCCCAGAUUAUGUCUCACCUGAGUUGGAAGAGCCCUGGUUCGGGAACCCGGAAGGGUGGGGACUGCAAGGAACAGCUGUAAAGUCGGCGUCAUUUUACGGUCAGAUUGUUAUAGCUCAGCUUGAAACUCAGGAAGUGAGGUUGGAUCUCUCACAUCCUCUAUCUGGGAGCUCAAAAAGGAAUAAAAUACACUUUCGUUCUGACUCUCACCAGUCGGUCACGAGCCCAACAAGUCAGAGAACAGAGCAGACUUGGUGGGAAAGGAACGGCUCAUCUUUGCAACAAAAUAAAAACACGGAGAAAAAUCCAGGUGAGAAGGGAGAAAACCCUGGUCGCGAAGAAAACCCGACGCUGGAGCAGGGAUCGGAAUCGAUCAAAUCAAUGUCCUUGUGAUCAGUUUGUCAAUUUCCGGUCCUCAGUCGGGAUUUGCGGAAAGAAAAUUUAUAACACAACUUUUUAACUACGUUGGAAGUUAGACUGCAAGUUGGACUUUAAGGAGCUUAGAGUGAUGGCCAUGCACCCACGGAGGAUUCGGUUAAAACCAUGGCUUCUGGCACAGGUUGACAGUGGGCAUUAUCCUGGGCUCCAGUGGCUAGAUGAGCAACGGAAGCACUUUCAGAUCCCAUGGCGGCAUGCCACCAGGCACGUCCCAACCCAGGAUGACGACAACACCAUUUUCAGGGCUUGGGCAGUGGAGACAGGCAAAUAUCAUCAGGGGGUUGAUGGCCCAGACCCUGCUAAAUGGAAAGCAAACCUCCGCUGCGCACUCAACAAGAGCCGCGAAUUCAAACUGAUUUAUGAUGGUACCAAGGAAACCCCGAUGCAGCCAUACAAGAUCUACCAAGUGUGUGACAUUCAGCAGUCCAACGGAGGCAACAUCACUCCAGAGACCAAUGAUUACGAAUGUGAGGAUGAGUGUCAGCUCCAAGCUUUGUUCCCAUCAAUGACCUUGGAAGAUGAUGUCAGCCUACCACCGUACCCAACCCAGACCUGGCCGAAACAGGAGGUUGCAGUGUCGGAUUCCUGUAUGAAUGGAGGACUCUCAAACCCAACACUCCCACAGGGGGACCUCUCUCAUGCAAACCUUGAUCACAGUGAACUCUCGCAGCCUAACCUUGCUCAUGGGGGGCUUGUUCAACCAAGUGUCCCUCCAAUUGCUCAAGGAACUCUUAAUCCUCUCCCACUGCAGCAAGUGGAUCAAUUCCCAUCACUGACCACGUCUGAAAUUUUUAUCAACUCUCUGCCACUGACUGACCUGGAUGUGAAGUUCCAAUACCGAGGCAAACAGAUGGGAUCAUUGGUCACUGUCAGUAACCCUCAUGGCUGUCGCCUGUACUAUGGUGACUUAGGCCCUAUCCCAGACCAAGUGGAGCUCUUUGGACCCAUUACCCUGGAGCAGGUCCGUUUCCCCAGCACAGACCAGUUGUCUCAUGAGAAGCAGCGACUUUACACAAACCACCUGCUGGACGUCAUGGACCGGGGUCUGAUCCUGGAGAUCCACGGGCAGGAUAUCUAUGCCAUCCGUCUAUGCCAGUGUAAAGUGUAUUGGUCGGGACCCUGUGCUAAUGGAGCAUCAGGACCUAACCCCAUUGAGAGAGAGAAGAAGAUCAAGCUUUUCAGUUUGGAGGACUUUCUUAGUCAAUUGAUACUGUACCAGAAGGGGCAGGUGAGUGUUGCCCCGCCCUAUGAGAUCCAACUCUGCUUUGGUGAGGAGUGGCCAGAUGGUAAACCCAAGGAAAAGAAGCUGAUCAUGGUGCAGGUGAUUCCAGUUGUGGCACGGAUGAUGUUUGAGAUGUUUUCCGGAGAGCUGUCAUUUGACAGUGGGAGCAUCAGUCUCCAGAUUUCCAACCCAGACCUUAAGGACAAUGUGGUAUUUCAGUUUAAGGAACUCCAUCGGUUGCUGCAGUCCCAGCAGGGCCAUGGGCAGUGGCCAAUGCAACCUGCUAACCCACAGUGAAUUAUGAAGCCCACAGCAAGAGGAAACAAACCCUCCAGAAUACUGCCAAGCUUUUUGGGUCAUGGCUCUAAACCUGCUGCUAAUAUCUUUCAAGAGGAAAGUUCAAAUGCAGACAAACCAAGGAAACCACCAGAACGUUACACACCUAAUGCUGGAACUGCCUGAGUGUGCAGUUUGAAAAUUCCUCAUCAUGGAUUUAUGUAUUUGCCUCUUCAUUAUCGCCUUCCCUUAAAGUAAAAGGGCUGCUUCAUCCUGCUUCUGUCAGACUGCAAUACCAUGGAGGGAAUAACAAUUGCUCAGAGAUAACUCCUACUUUUUCCUUGUUAAGAGAAACUUAUCUGUAUCUAAUUUCAAGGCCCAGAAUUGUGUUCUGGUGUGAGAUCCCAUGCUGUACAAAUUGCGAUCUGUAAGCUUUGAGGAAAAUGAGUGAACUUCCCAUAACAGAACACUGAGCGGACACUGUGUGACACUCAAUUUGUAACUACUGCUUCCUGGCGAUUGCUACUAUUGUGAUCAUUGGCCUGAUUCAAGUUUGAAAGCAACCAGAGCUACUAACAACAGAAUACCCAUGUAUCUCUCUGGCACACCAACCCCUUGCACUCUCCAAAUUUUAAUUGGAAUGCUUCUGCAAUACAAGUCUUCUG